AUAUUAAAUGAUUGUUUUUUUAAAUGGUAGAAGCAUCACUGCAGUUAGAACGCACUGGUCUCCAAUUCUUAUUCUUUCCUGUAGGUAUGAGGUACGUUUCCAGAAUGAAAUCCAAUGUGGGGGUGCAUACCUAAAGCUUCUCUCUGAAGAUGAUCAACUCGACCUGAGGCAGUUCUUUGACAAAACCCCUUACACUAUCAUGUUUGGACCAGACAAGUGCGGACAGGACUAUAAACUGCACUUCAUCUUCAGACAUAGGGAUCCAGUGACGGGUGCAUAUGAAGAGAAGCAUGCCAGGAAACCAGAAGUGGACCUUCAGAGUUACUUCAUCGACAAAAGACCUCACCUGUAUACAUUGAUUGUGAGACCUGACAACAGUUUUGAGAUACUAAUAGAUGAGAACAGUGUGAGCAAAGGAAGCCUCCUACAAGACAUGACUCCCCCUGUCAAUCCUCCCAACGAGAUUGAUGAUCCCAACCAUCAAAAACCUGAAGACUGGGAUGACAGACGUCGGAUACCUAACCCAGAUUCAGUGAAGCCCCAUGACUGGGAUGAGGAUGCUCCUCCCUAUAUUCCGGAUUCCACAGUUAUGAAACCGGAUGACUGGCUAGAUGAAGAGCCAGAAUAUAUUCCAGAUCCCAAAUCAAAAAAACCUCCAGAUUGGGAUAUUGAUAUGGAUGGUGAAUGGGAAGAACCCAAAAUCCCAAACCCAAAGUGUAAGACUGCAGGCUGUGGAACCUGGAAACCACCCAUGAUCCCUAACCCUGCCUACAAAGGCAAAUGGAAAGUACCAAUGAUUGACAAUCCCAAAUACAAGGGAGUCUGGAAACCUAGAAAGAUUCUGAAUCCAAACUAUUUUGAGGAUACAAAGCCAUUCCGCAUGACUCCAGUUGCUGCAAUUGGGCUUGAGCUAUGGUCUCUGACCCCUGACAUAAUGUUUGACAAUUUUAUUAUAUCCUCUGAUGAGAGAGUUGUCAAGCAGUGGGCAAAAGACACAUGGGCACGAACAAAGGCAAUCUACGAUGCAGAUGGACCUGGUUUGAUCAUGCAGCUGUUUUUGGCAGCAGACAAACGCCCUUGGCUCUGGGGAGUCUACGUGUUCACAGUUGCUCUGCCAGUUAUUUUGUUCAUAAGCUUCUAUUGGCCAAAUCAGCGAUUUGGGCCCCCUGAUGAUUAUUAUUACAAGAAGACAGAUGAUGUGCAGCUCAAUGAUGAAGAAAAAAUAACAGAAGCACAGCCUCCAGAGUCAGCUCUUCAUGAUCAACGAGGAAAUGUCGAUAAAAGCAAAGAGAGGAUGAAAGGAAGUAACCUGCUUAAAACAAAAGUAGACUUGGAGACAUCUUCACAGGCACAAGGAGGCGGUGAACCAGAUCCAGGUCAGGUUUCAGAGGAGGCUCUGAGAUAUCGCAAGACAACGUCAAAAUAAUGACCACCGGGUUUCAUGCUGUUUGAAAAGAUGAACUUUCACAUAAGGCACUCAUUUGUUUAACAAGAGCCUUUGAGACAUAACUGUUUGUUAGUGAUGCAUAUUGUGCAGCAGACAUUGGAGGAAGAUCCUCUUUUUAAAUUUGUAACAUUAUAAUAAGUGUUUUAAUAUUCAUAAUUUGUAAGUUUACUAUACAUAAUGGACAGAUGGAUUUCUUCCACUUAUAGUGAUAAAAUAAAGUACCUUUUGUAUUCUC